GAAAAAAUAAGGACGACCAAGCUGAAGAAGUUGAAAAGAAAGGAAGAAGAAGAACCGCCACGACAAAAUGUUGAUGGCCACCUCCUCGUCAUACCGUCACUCGCUCUGGUGCUCGCGAGUAGUUUUAGCAAUUGGACUCACGUCCUUGGGACCAGGCGUGUGGGCGUCGUCUCCCGCUCCAAACGGCAAGCGGGACCUCAAGGUCGACACGAGGAAUCGCCUUUGCUCUCGAUCACGAUCGCCUGCAUCGCGCAGGUGGGCGUCGUCUCCCGCUCCAAACGGCAAGGUGGACCUCAAGGUCGACACGAGCAAUCGCCUUUGCUCUCGAUCACAAUCGCCUGCAUCGCGCAGUGGUGCUGAAGGAACAAUUGGAGUUUCAUCAUCUUUGACUCUGUCGGACAAGAAAACAGAAAGUGCACAAGAAACUGGCUCUACUUCAUCAUCUGACCAGGACGUCGAAGAACAGGAAGACCGCUUCAGUCUCGAAGAUCCUCGAAUGCUUCACUUUCUCGAAGAAAAUGGGUAUGCGAUUGUGAAAAAUGUCUUGGCAUCCUCGAAAGAGGAGACUCACUAUGCCGAGUCCCUUCUCUGGGAUUUUUUGGAAGAAGGAACUGAUCACCAAUGGGACCGCAACGAUAUGACUACGUGGUAUCGUAGAAAGGGAGAAUCACAGUUAAGGCUCAACUUUCAUUGGUCACCAUUUAGAUUGGAGUCACCAUUUAGAUAUCGAAGAGGGCCUCCUUGAGAGAACAGGGGAAAGCGAAGGGAUAGGGGAGAGCCUUGCAGGGGGUCCCUUUCGUUCAGAGUCAAUGGCCAAGGAAUGCUGCGCUUUAAUACACGCAGAGGCGCAGCAGGUACUACUACAGGAGGGUCACAAGAAAGACGAGAUGUUCUUGUUGAAGAAGAUUGAGACUUUUCUUCACCCGACGCCUUCGUCACUAGUCAAAGAAGGUCGUGAUGCAUUCGUUCCAGAUGAGUUGCCUCCUGAAGUAAACGAUCCAGCCCUAGAAAAACUCUCCGAUAGAGGCGCCGAGAACGGAAUCCUGCAUAAAAACGGAGCCGGUCAAUCCGCAGUGGCUUGGUUUGUACGUCUGAAGGCCAAGAAAGUGUUCGAAAGAGUCUGGAGUGAAAAGGAUUUGAUCACAUCCUUUGACGCUUUGGGUAUCUUUCGGCCGUGGCAGCACGGUUGUGGUCCGAAAACGAUCAGUCGUAAGUGGCUGCACGUGGAUCAGGGUCGCGAACUAGCCGGCAAAAAAGUUGGAAUCCAAGGACUCGUAACCCUUUACGAUCAAACGGAAGCAACCGGAGGUUUGUACCUCGUACCUGGCUCUCAUAAGCAUCAUGAAGAACUCUGUGACGCAAAACAAUAUCCGCCGUUCGAAAACACAUUCGAGAAGGGAACAGAGGAUCCGAAUUACAUCGAACUGUUGGGGGAGCAUCGCUUCAGAAAGACAUGGGAAUCGUUUGGGAAGUUGAUUAGAGCGAAAGCUGGAGAUCUUAUUCUGUGGGAUUCGAAAGCGCUGCAUUGCAAUGUUUGUGGGGUCAGCGUCAGUCGGACUAGCUCCUCGUCUUCCGCGACUUUGCCACGUCUCCCUCCUCGCGACCGACUCCUUCGUGCAGUCGUGUAUGUAUCCAUGUCCCCGAGGAAGUGGGCUACUGCAGAGAUUCUAGAAGACAGACAAAAAGCCUUCGCUAUGAACGGUUGUAGUACGCAUUGGCCUGCUUCUGGAUUCACAUGGAAUAAAGACGAUGUGGUCUCCAGGACGGUCACUGGAUCUUCACUGUCUCCAGGCCAUUGGACGACCUGCUUACCUUCAUCCUACCAUCCUAGUGUCCGGGAAUUGGUUUGAAUGAAAAAGUUUUGAUCACACUGAACGAGGUUUUCUUGGUCAGUUGUUGGUAAAUAGACAGAUUUUUUCCGCAAGAUGAAUCCAUUCUCACUAGUAGACGCAGCUGAAGAUGACAACUAACAAGUGAGGUUCACGAAGAACGACG